AACAAAAACAAACAGAAGCACAGUACGGUAUAGGCCAGUGGCGCAUCAUAGCCUAUAGAUAGUGUUACUUGUUUUACUUUUAAUAGGCAAUAUCUGCUCAUCGCUUUCUGUGGAAAGACAUUCAUUUUGUUUUGUCAACUAAGUUAGGACUUGGUGUCUAAUUUUCAAAGAGAGAGGAGAAUUCUUUGUUGUCAUUUUGACAGGAAGUCAAUCUAGUGCACAGAGACAGUCUGUGCACAAAAUGGAGCAGAAUGUUGCUGAUUUACUUACAGAUGCAUUCUCAGAUGUGGAAAUAGACUUUGAGCAUCUUAACUUUGACUAUGACUAUGCGGAACAGUCACUUCUCACUGAUAAAGCCCCAGAAUCUGAGAAGAGAGAUAAUACCCAGGAACCGACAGGGGCACGCAGACCGAACUUGCUGCAGAGCUCAGAAAAGAACCACAACAUGCACAAAAACUCAACAGGAAAGGAAACGUAUGCGCAAGACACUGGCAGUGAGACAGACGAGGAGCUCAGUCAUCCGGAGGAUAUAAAAAUGUCAGACAGAAAGAAGUGCGCGUAUGAUUCAUGUGACAUAUGGCAAGCUGAAGAGGAUGAAACAAGAAACUGGACUGAGAGGUUAUUUCCAGUUGAAGGAGCUCAAACAGGAGUUGACCACUCAAACGCGGGGGGAACAGAAAGAUGCGGUAAUAUUCAAAAUGAGGAGAGUGAAGACGGUGUGCCAUUUCUGCAACUAUGUAACCCUCAAAGUGUAGAUGACACAUGCAGUUAUUCAGACUCCAAUUCAGGAAGUGAGGAUGCAGAGGCUACAAGACAACAACAUUUGUCGGUGGACAGAGAGGCAAUGAAUGAACAGGGUGCACAGACUGAGGGAUGGGACUUGAGGGAGUUUUCUGAGGAGGACCAUGCUUGUGUUGGUGAAGACUUUGCAGAAUACCCAACAGAACUGACAGACGAUGAUGAUGAUGAUGAUGUUGAGGGUGAUGAUGAAGAAGAGGAUGAUGACUAUGAAGAUGAAAGGAGAGUGAAAAGUGUUGCCAAAGCACAUUUGAGCAGAAUUGGGGCUGACAACACACAAGAGGGGAAGUAUGUAGAAGAGGAAGAGGAAGAAGAUGAGGAUGAGGAUGAAGAUGAUGUAGAAGAAGAAGAAGAAGACAAACAGCAACAACAACAACAGGAACAAACACAAGAGGAGGAAGAAGACCUUGUUGUUGAGGUGAUUGAUGAUAUACUGGAACACAGACCCAUGCAUGCCAAACCUAAAACAACCUCACAGACCCUGAGCGGGGACGAUUCAGGUCCCCAGGAUGAAGAUGAGUCUGAAAGUCCCAGCAUGCAGCAACAUCGACAUAAUAACAAGCUCUCUCAAAUUCAGGAAGUCUUCACUGAUGAGGAUACUACAGCACAGCAAGGUAGAGUUGAAAAAGAAAUAAUAGCCCAAGGAAUUGCAGAGGAAGAGAGACAUGGAGAGGGGCAGAAUGUUGUCAAACUGGGCGCUGGAGUCGCUGAACUUCCAUCUGACAGUGAAAAUGACUUCCUUAUGUAUUCACAUCAUGUUGACCCUUGGGGAGGCUGGAGAGAAGACUUGAACAGAUACAUGUUCAACACAGAGCUGAACUUAGAUGUCAACAUCAGUGAGCUGGACGUACAGGACCCUGACUUUAACAUCCCAAAUAUCAGAGACUGUGGAGCUGUAGCCAGGGAAGAUGAAAGCCGUCUCUUAGGAAGGAUAGAUACCAUCACACCAGAGAGAGCAUGGCCAUCUGAAACACUGUGGGACGAAGUCAGCCAACAGCACUGCCAACCCCUCAGGAAUCCAUCAGGAACUUCGAGACAGGAAUUUGUUGUGGUUGAAGACGUGACGUCAGGCCAUGACUUUCUCUUUGAGACCAGCUUGGAUCAGGACAGUCAUGUCACUGACGGGAGUUUGGGCGGAUGCCUGCUGGAUGAAGAUACGGCACAGGAAGGCAUGGAGGACAACACAAGUGACACAUUUGGAGAGGAAGAGAGGAGCUGGGAUCAAGAGAGGGAACGAAUUGAGGCUUUCAACAGGUUUUACAAUUAUUCAGAGAGCAGUACUGAAGGCAUAGAAGAAAGAACACAUAAAGUGCACUUCUGUUUGGAGCCCCAAAUAGUUGAAGUUCUGGACUCAGAAUCAGAGUAUAGUGACACAGAAGCUGACGAAGACUCCGAGGAGUAUUCAGACACAGAAAACAUACACGAUGAGGAGCAGAGUGACACUGAGGAACCGCAAGAGAAUGUGUUCCCUUGUCAUGAUCGGGAAGAACCGUCAGAGAACGAAUUCCCUCCUCAGAAUCAGGAAGAACCAUCAGAGAACGAGUUCCCUCCUCAGGAUCAUGAAGAACCGUCAGAGAAUGUGUUCCCUCCUCAAGAUCAAGAUCAGGAAGAACAGACAGAGAAUGCUCAAGACCAAGACCUGAAGUUUGAAGAGGUACAGCCCAUAUAUGACAAUCCAACAACUGAUCAACUGAUGAAAAAAGUGACAACUGAUCAACCCAUGGAAAAACAGCUGACUGACCAACCAGUGGAGGAAGAGGAUGUAACGCUGCAAACAUUAGACAAACAGAAGAUAGUUACCCCGUCUCCAACCACAUCUAAGAGGCAAAAGAGUCUUAGAAUACUGAAGUCUACACUCAAGAUGUGUGCCAUCAUUGGAACUGGACUGGUGACUUUCUGGUGGGCUACAGACCAUUUGGACUGGACAAUGUGGUAGUUAAAAAAUAGGAAGCAUUACGAGCAUAAUGGAAUGCUUUUCAUGUAUGUCUGUAAUUCGCUUUCUAGCAUAUACCUAAAUGACCUCCAAGUAAGACAGAUAUCAUAAAAAGUGUAUUUUAUCCUAUUUCAUCUUGAGCAAUACAAAUGUAAUAAAGUUUGCUUUAUA